AUGGCAGGCUUCGACGGCGUCGAGAUCCUCGGCGCCAACGGCUACUUCGUCGACGGCGAUGGCAUGGAGAACCGGUGCCGGUUCGCGCUGGAUGUGGUCGACGCUGUGGUGCGGGAGAUCGGCGGCCAACGCGUGGGCGUGCGGCUGGACCAGUUCAGCGCCGAGCCCGACGAGCACGCGCUGGCGCUCGACGUCGUGAGCCGGCUCAACGACCACGGCGUGCUCUACUGCCACAUGAUCGAGCCGAGGGUGGACGGACGGCGGCGCGUGUCCCGGCGGCUGCUGCCGUUCAGGGAGGCGUUCGGCGGCACGUUCAUCGCCAGCGGCGGGUACGGGCGGGAGGAGGGCGACGCUGCCGUCGGCGAGGGGUACACCGACCUGGUGGCGUACGAGCGACUGUUCCUGGCGAACCCGGACCUGCCGAGGAGGUUCGAGCUCGGCGCGCCGCUCAACGACUGCGUCAGCGCCACCUUCCACGGCGCCGGCGCCGCAGCCGACCCCGCCGUCGGGUACACCGACUACCCGUUUCUCGACUGA